AUGGCCGCCGGAGUGCCGGAAACAGUGACCUCGGAAAAGAGGAGGCAGUCUUUGUCCGAGUCAGACACCAAGGAAGGUCAUUUCGAAAAUGCUCCGGGGGCGCACCUCAGUGCCGAACGGGGCCAGGCCGCAACUGACAUUCACGGCAAUUCCCUCGUUGAAAUCGACCCCAUCGCCGAGAGAAAGCUCCGACGAAAAAUCGAUCUCUUUAUCGUACCAACAGUUGCGAUUCUUUACCUAUUCUGCUUCAUUGACAGAGCCAAUAUCGGAAACGCGCGGCUAGACACAUUAGAGAAAGAUCUCGACCUACAUGGAUACGACUACAAUGCCCUGCUAUCGAUCUUCUAUGUCGGCUACAUCCUCUUCGAAAUUCCAGCAAACAUCUGUUGUAAAUGGAUGGGCCCAGGAUGGUUCCUCCCGAUAACCUCGCUUGGUUUCGGAAUCAUGUCCGUCUGUAUGGCCUUCGUCCACAACUUCUCCCAGGCUUGCGGUGUUCGUUUCCUUCUUGGAGUUUUCGAGGCCGGCAUGAUGCCCGGAAUUGCCUACUAUCUUUCCCGCUGGUACCGUCGGUCCGAGCUCACUCUACGUCUAUCGCUGUACAUCGUCAUGGCUCCUCUAGCCGGCGCUUUCGGUGGCCUCUUGGCGUCUGGCAUUCUCAAGCUCGACCACUUCGGCAGUCUUCAUGGAUGGAGAAUGAUCUUCGGCAUUGAGGGCAUCAUCACUGUUGGCCUGUCCCUCAUUAGCUUCCUUACCCUCACCGACCACCCCGCAACCGCCAAAUGGCUCACCCAGGAGGAGAAGGACCUUGCAAUUGCCCGCGUAAAGUCGGAGCGUAUCGGCCAGACCGAGAUCAUCGACAAGAUGGACGCCAAGAAGCUCAAGGCCGGCAUCUUCAACCCCGUCGUCUUCUUUACCGGCUUUGCCUUCCUCCUCAACAACAUCACCGUCCAGGGUCUCGCCUUCUUCGCCCCUACCGUCGUCGCCACCAUCCACCCGACCAAGAGCAUCAUCCAGAAGCAGCUGUUGACCGUCCCGCCCUACAUCGUCGGCGCCUUCUUCACCGUUCUCAUGCCUCUUAUCAGCCGCUUGCUCGACCGCCGCCAGAUCGUCAUCAUUGCCUGCUGCCCGCUUGUCAUGGUCGGCUACAUCAUGUUCCUGGCCACCGAAGAUGCCAAGAUCCGAUACGGCGCCGCUUUCCUCGUCAGCACUUCCAUCUUUGCCGGCGGUCCCUUGACCAACUCCCAAGUCCAGCGCCAACUCAUGCUGGGCAACAUCGGCGGCCUCAUCGCCACCUGGUCCUUCCUCCCCUCCGACGCCCCCAACUACCACAUCGGCAACGGCAUCAACCUCGCCGCGUCCGGCGGUACUUUGUUGAUCGCCCUUUGCCUGCUCAUCUGGAUGAAGAGAGAUAACGCCAAGCGCGACCUGCGCAACGCCGAGGAGGAACUGGCGGGCAUGUCGCAGCAGGAGAUCCAGGAUCUGGAUUAUAAGCACCCUGGUUUCCGGUGGAAGCCUUAA